AGGAGGGCGCCUUUCCCCGCCGGUCGCGCGCAAUAAAGGCGGCUCGGCUGGGCCGGCGAUCAUCAGUCGGAGCGCGCGGCAGCACCGUGGAGGCAGCGCGCCGCGGCGGGAACCGGAGGAGGGGCAUGGAGCCGCCGCGGGCCUGCUGAGCACCAGAGCGCGGGCAGCCGGCGGCACGAUGCCGGUGCAGCUGACUACAGCCCUGCGUGUGGUGGGCACCAGUCUGUUUGCCCUGGUGGUACUAGGGGGCAUCCUGGCAGCCUAUGUGACAGGCUACCAGUUUAUACACACAGAAAAGCACUACCUAUCCUUUGGCCUCUACGGUGCCAUCCUUGGUCUACAUCUGCUCAUCCAGAGCCUGUUUGCCUUCCUGGAGCACCGGCGCAUGCGCAGGGCAGGGCGCCCGCUGAAGCUGCACUGCUCUCAGAGGCAGAGGUCAGUGGCACUCUGCAUUGCUGCCUACCAAGAGGACCCUGAGUACUUGCGGAAGUGUCUGCGUUCAGCUCAGCGCAUCGCCUUUCCAAACCUCAAGGUGGUCAUGGUAGUGGAUGGCAAUCGCCAGGAAGAUGCCUACAUGCUAGACAUCUUCCAUGAGGUGCUAGGAGGCACUGAGCAAGCUGGCUUCUUUGUGUGGCGUAGCAAUUUCCAUGAGGCGGGCGAAGGAGAGACAGAGGCCAGCCUACAAGAAGGCAUGGAGCGUGUACGAGCUGUAGUGUGGGCCAGCACCUUCUCAUGUAUCAUGCAGAAAUGGGGAGGCAAGCGUGAGGUUAUGUACACAGCGUUCAAGGCCCUUGGCAACUCAGUGGACUACAUCCAGGUGUGUGACUCUGAUACUGUGCUGGACCCAGCCUGUACCAUGGAGAUGCUUCGAGUCUUGGAAGAAGAUCCUCAAGUAGGGGGUGUUGGAGGAGAUGUCCAAAUCCUCAACAAAUAUGAUUCAUGGAUCUCCUUCCUGAGCAGUGUGAGGUACUGGAUGGCCUUCAAUGUGGAGCGGGCCUGCCAGUCCUACUUUGGCUGUGUGCAAUGUAUCAGUGGGCCUUUGGGCAUGUACCGAAACAGUCUCCUUCAGCAGUUCCUGGAGGACUGGUACCACCAGAAGUUCCUAGGCAGCAAGUGCAGCUUUGGUGAUGAUCGGCACCUUACCAACAGAGUCCUGAGUCUUGGUUACCGGACUAAGUAUACAGCACGCUCUAAGUGCCUCACAGAGACCCCCACUAAGUACCUGCGAUGGCUUAACCAGCAAACCCGCUGGAGCAAGUCUUACUUCCGGGAAUGGCUCUAUAAUUCUCUGUGGUUCCAUAAGCACCACCUCUGGAUGACCUAUGAAUCAGUGGUCACUGGCUUCUUCCCCUUCUUCCUCAUUGCCACAGUCAUACAACUUUUCUACCGUGGUCGCAUCUGGAACAUUCUCCUCUUCCUGCUGACAGUGCAGCUGGUUGGCAUUAUCAAGGCUACUUACGCCUGCUUCCUUCGAGGCAAUGCAGAGAUGAUCUUCAUGUCUCUCUACUCCCUUCUCUAUAUGUCCAGCCUCCUGCCAGCCAAGAUCUUUGCUAUUGCUACCAUCAACAAGUCUGGCUGGGGCACUUCUGGCCGAAAAACCAUUGUAGUGAACUUCAUUGGCCUAAUUCCUGUGUCCAUCUGGGUGGCAGUUCUUCUAGGGGGCCUAGCCUACACAGCUUAUUGCCAGGACCUGUUCAGUGAGACUGAGCUAGCCUUCCUAGUCUCUGGCGCCAUCCUGUAUGGCUGCUACUGGGUGGCCCUCCUAAUGCUCUAUCUGGCCAUUAUUGCCCGGAGGUGUGGGAAAAAGCCAGAGCAAUGCAGUCUGGCUUUUGCUGAGGUGUGAAACCCCUGAGUAAUGUGGGAAAAGUGCAAUGGGUAAGGGAGGGGAAUGGAAAGUUAGGGUGGGAGGGAGAAGGGAGUAUUGUGUAUUAGUUUUGUGGCUGGAAGGACAAAUCUGAAAUGCAAAGGAUUGUGACUGUGGUGAGGCCUGGGUAGCUCUGCUCUGGAAGCUAGGUCCUGAGUUUUCAGGCACAGGGCAGAUGAACUUGUCUGUUUUUAGGCUACUUGUCUGUUUGCCCUUGCAAAGGCAGUGAUCUGAAAAAAAGAUUUUAUUUCUUUCUAGAAAGUGUGCUAAACUAAGUGCUAAGUGGCAACUUUAGGUAAAGGAGCAAGCAAUGACAGCCUUUAGGAAAAGUGUCCUCCAAGCCCAUUGGAACAUGAUGAAGUCUAAGAGAAAUUCCCAUGAAGUCUGGCCAGCUAGUAUACCCUUUCCCCAACCUCUAAUUAGCCAUCAGUGCAUUAAGAUUGUGCCUGAGAUAACAAGACUGGGAAGCCUGAUCUUUGGUCAGAAAACAGGGUCUAAGAAAUGGUGCUUUAUGUAAUAUACUCCACUGCACAUCAAAAACAUCCCAGGGAUGAGACAAGUCACCAGGACUAAGUUCUAAGUUUGGUGGUUUUUUUUUUUUUUU